AUGGGAUACCAACUACCCAGACAUAUAGAGAUCAACAGAGAGACCCAGCCAUGCACACCUGCACCAAUAGAACCAUGUUCGGAAGCAGAAAAUGUCGACUUGUUUUCAGACAUUGGAGAUUGUUUUGUUGUUAUUGUUGAUAGUAAUGGAGGUAGAGUAAAAAGACCAUUGCACUCAAUUCAUGACAUUUGGCAUCUUCCAAAAGGGGAGCAAAUUGAUAUGGAGCUCAAUAAUCUUGGUCAACCCAUCAAAAAGCAAGACUCAAAGGUGGUAAGGUUUUGUGGCUUGAUAGCGAGAACUAAUAAGUUGGUUCCAAUAAUUUACAAGAAUUGGAGGUCGGUGCCUAAAACCAUAAAGGAGGAAGCGUGGGGUCUUAUAAUGGGCAAGUUUAAAGUUCCUGAUGACAAAUUGGAUGCAUUCAAAAAAUGGAUACUGAAGGACCUGGGGAAGAAAUGGAAAGACUACAAGCACGAAUUGAAGAAAAAGUUACUUCUUGAAAAAGACACAUCUACAGCACAAGUUGUGGCAAGGGCAAGUCCUGAUAUGGUGGACUUAUCGCAACUAGCGGAGUUAUCCAAUCUUUGGUUCGAUACAGAAUAUAAGUCAAAAUUUAAUAAAAAUAAGGAGUGUUGUAAGAAGCAGGUGGUUGUUCACAACGGAGGAUCAAAAAGUUAUGCAAGAUAUGCCCAUGAUGCGAAAAAAUCAACUGAGACAUUGCCAAAUCGAGCCCAAUUGUUUGUUACGACCCAUAAGAGAAAGGAUGGCACCCACUACAAUGAUGAGACGAGGAAGAAAUAUGCUGAGAUGGAGGAACUUUUAACACAGGACACAAGUCGAAUAGAAAUGGGGUCUGAAGGAACUAUGACUUGGGCAUCAGAUGAUGUUUAUUCUAAAGUUAUGGGGCCAGAAUGGCCUGGACGUGUCUGCGGCUUCAAGACAAAAUCAAAUAGAGAAUGA